CGGUUGCAACGCCGAGCGGAGGAGGCAGGAACCCGAAGGCAAGCAGGGGCUGGGUGGGGACCAUGGCCGGGAUCACCACCAUCGAGGCGGUGAAGCGCAAGAUCCAGGUUCUGCAGCAGCAGGCCAAUGAUGCAGAGGAGAGGGCCAAGCGCCUUCAGCGGGAAGUGGAGGGAGAAAGGCGGGCCCGGGAACAGGCUGAGGCUGAGGUGGCCUCCUUGAACCGUAGGAUCCAGCUGGUUGAAGAGGAGCUGGACCGUGCUCAAGAGCGCCUGGCCACUGCCCUACAAAAGCUGGAGGAAGCUGAGAAAGCUGCUGAUGAGAGUGAGAGAGGUAUGAAGCUUAUUGAAAACCGAGCCUUAAAAGAUGAAGAAAAAAUGGAACUCCAGGAAAUCCAACUCAAAGAAGCUAAGCACAUUGCAGAAGAGGCAGAUAGGAAGUAUGAAGAGGUGGCUCGUAAGUUGGUGAUUAUUGAGGGAGACUUGGAACGCACAGAGGAGCGAGCUGAGCUGGCAGAGUCCCGUUGCCGAGAGAUGGGUGAGCAGAUCAGACUGAUGGACCAGAACCUGAAGUGUCUGAGUGCUGCUGAAGAAAAGUACUCUCAAAAAGAAGACAAAUAUGAGGAAGAGAUAAAGAUUCUUACUGAUAAACUCAAGGAGGCAGAGACCCGUGCUGAGUUUGCUGAGAGAUCAGUAGCCAAGCUGGAAAAGACAAUUGAUGAUUUGGAAGAUAAACUGAAAUGCACCAAAGAGGAGCACCUCUGUACACAAAGGAUGCUGGACCAGACUCUGCUUGAACUGAAUGAGAUGUAGAGCACCCCAGUCCCAUCCUGCCGCUGCUCCUCCCUCUGACCCGACUCUGCUGAGGCCAGCCUGCCCGAAGCUGACCUUUAAACUGAGGGCUGACCUUUAACUGGAAGGCUGCUUUCUCCUUUCACCACCUCUCCCACCCCCACCCCUGUGUCCUUUUCGCCAAACUGUCUCUGCCUCUCCCCAGAGAUUCCAUUUGGGCUAGAGGCUGAGCACCUUUGGGAACAACGUUUAAGGGAAUGUGAGCACAAUGCUAAGUGUCUUUAAAAGCAUGUUGUGAUGUACACAUUUUGUAAUUACCUUUUCUGUUGUUGUUGAUAUAGCAGCCAUUUGUAAAACAUUCCAGGUAAUUCCAUAGUUCUGAAGCAGCAGUCUAAUCCCUUUCUCACUUUUGGAAGGUAACUUUUCAGCUUAACGCAUAUUGCCCUCUCCGUAGAGGAGGGGAAAAGGUAUGGGCCUGCCUUACCGAGAGCCAAAACAGCCCAGAGAAGGACUCCAUUUUGGGAAACCUUAUUGCUCUGUAAAAAGUACCCGCCAAACCAGAAAGGUGAUUCCAGAAGGAGUUAGCCAAAAAAAAGAA